CAUCCCUUCUUCCUCUACUCCUACUAUAAAGCCAUUCUCCACCACCCCGUUCCUUCAGUCACAGCACAGCCAAGCAGUAACUCUUUCUUCAUCUCUCUAUAUCAUCACCCCCACCUCAAAAUUUAGCUUCGCUACUCCUAUAACACACUUCUGGUCCAGUAGUGUUAUUGUGUAAACUUUUUGCCAUGGGUAAUGCAGACUACGUUUACUCUUCUAAAGAAAAUGGCGAGCCUGUACAUCGUGUUGCGGUUCCGCCACCGCAACCGUUUUUCAAAUCGUUCAAGUAUAAUCUCAAGGAGACGUUCUUUCCUGAUGACCCACUUCGGCAGUUCAAGAACCAGCCAACUUUUAAGAAAUUUAUUUUAGGCCUUCAGUAUUUUCUGCCUAUCUUCGAAUGGGCUCCUCGUUACAGUUUCCAGUUCUUGAAAGCCGACGUUAUCGCUGGGAUCACUAUUGCCAGUCUCGCAAUCCCGCAAGGGAUCAGUUAUGCCAAACUGGCUAACUUGCCACCAAUUCUUGGCCUGUAUUCGAGCUUUGUUCCACCAUUAGUGUAUGCAAUGAUGGGGAGUUCAAAAGAUUUGGCUGUGGGAACUGUGGCGGUUGCCUCACUUCUCAUAGCUUCGAUGCUGGGUAAGGAAGUUAAUGCUACCGAGAAUCCGCAGCUUUAUCUUCAACUUGCUUUCACCGCAACGUUCUUCGCCGGAGUUUUUCAAGCUUCCUUAGGAUUGCUAAGGCUAGGGUUCAUCGUGGAUUUCUUAUCACAUGCCACGAUAAUUGGCUUUAUGGGAGGUGCUGCAACAGUAGUGUCCCUGCAACAGCUAAAAGGAAUCCUUGGGCUUGGUCAUUUCACCCAUUCCACCGAUAUUAUCUCUGUUAUGAGCUCUGUCUUCACCCAAACAAACAAGUGGCGAUGGGAAACCGCCGUAUUGGGCUUUUGUUUCCUCUUCUUCCUUCUCACCACCAGAUACUUUAGCAAGAGGAAACCCAAGUUUUUCUGGAUAUCAGCAAUGGCGCCACUGACGUCGGUCAUUCUUGGAAGCAUUCUCGUUUAUCUCACCCAUGCCGAGAGGCACGGCGUUGAAGUGAUAGGACAAUUAAAGAAGGGGUUGAAUCCACCGUCUGUUACAACUCUGUUUUUUGGAUCCUCUCAUCUCACGGCAGCUAUCAAAACAGGCGUCGUCACCGGUGUCAUAGCUAUGGCUGAAGGAAUAGCUGUGGGGAGAAGCUUUGCAAUGUUCAAGAACUAUCACGUUGAUGGCAACAAAGAGAUGAUUGCUUUUGGGAUGAUGAACAUUGCCGGUUCUUGCACUUCUUGCUACCUAACAACAGGGCCAUUUUCUCGGUCAGCUGUAAAUUUCAACGCAGGCUGCAAAACAGCAAUGUCCAACGUUGUUAUGGCAGUAGCAGUGAUGGUCACAUUGCUUUUUCUAACGCCACUGUUCCAUUACACGCCCAUCGUGGUUCUCUCUGCCAUUAUAAUUGCUGCAAUGCUCGGUCUUAUAGACUACGAAGCAGCUAUCCAUCUUUGGAAAGUCGAUAAAUUUGACUUCGUUGUGUGCAUGGGCGCCUAUAUUGGCGUUGUCUUCGUCAACAUUGAGGUUGGGCUGAUGGUUGCCGUUUCGAUUUCCUUGCUGAGGGUGCUUCUGUUUGUGGCGAGGCCGCGGACGAUUGUUCUUGGAAAUAUUCCGAAUUCGGAGAUAUACAGAAAUGUUGAACAAUACACUGAUGCAAAUUCUAUUCCCGGAAUUCUCAUACUAGAGAUCAACGCUCCCAUUUACUUCGCCAAUUCGAGCUACUUAAGAGAAAGGAUUGCGAGAUGGGUCGAUGAAGAGGAAGAGAGGUUGAAAUCUUCAGGAGAGUCCACCUUACAAUAUGUCAUACUGAACAUGGGAGGCGUUGGGAACAUUGACACCAGUGGGAUAAGCAUGCUAGAGGAGAUCAAGAAAGUUUUUGACAGAAGGGCACUCAAGUUUGUAUUGGCGAAUCCUGGAGCUGAGGUGUCGAAGAAGCUUGACAAGUCAAAGUUCAUGGAGAAUAUAGGGCAAGAAUGGAUAUAUUUGACAGUAGGAGAAGCUGUUGCAGCAUGCAAUUUUAGGCUUCAUACAUGCAAACCAAACCCUGAGAAGGAAGAAUCAGAGUCAUGGAAUAAUGUCUAAUUUUCAUAAGAUGAUGCAAAAACUUCCAUUUGUUAGUCUUCAUCUAGCAAACUUAGACAGUCAAAAUACUAAAUAUAUAUGUACUUGUUGAAGUAAUUAUAUUAACCAACUAGUCAUAUUA